GUUCUAUAAAUACCUAGGGAGUGACCUGAUCAUUUCCUUUAAAUACACAUGAGGAUUCAAUAUUAUCCAUUCUCACAUUCGAAAUUAUACAUUGACUUUGUAAAUCAUAGAUAUAUCACAAUGAAUGACAGAAAAAGAAAGGCAGAAGAUAUCCCCUUUACUAACGGUAAUGGCGUGCAUGUUCUGAAGAAAAAUAACUCUGAAGUCUCACUCGGCCAGCCUGUUGUGGAAGAGGAAGAUUUGUUAUUGAAUGGUUUUCCUUCCACACAGGAGAGUAACUAUGGUGGAACAGGAGAGCAGUCGUGGUCAGCAGACCAUCUUGCUCAGAAGUUGGAGGAAAUUGGUUUGAGUGAAGUAGCUAAAAAGUUUAAAGGUGUUUAG